AUGAGGGCCGGGGGGUGCACGGUGCAGCAGUCGCUGACGGCGGAGGCCGCGGCGGUGGUGAAGCAGGCGGUGAGCCUUGCGCGGCGGCGCGGGAACGCGCAGGUGACGCCGCUGCACGUGGCGAGCGCGAUGCUGGCGGCGCCCGCGGGCCUGCUGCGCGCGGCGUGCCUCCGCUCGCACUCCCACCCGCUGCAGUGCAAGGCGCUGGAGCUCUGCUUCAACGUGGCGCUCAACCGCCUCCCCGCGUCGGCCGCGGUCGCCUCGUCGCCGCUGCUCGGCGGCCACGGCCACCACCACCACCACCACUACUACCCGCCGUCCCUGUCCAACGCGCUCGUCGCGGCGUUCAAGCGCGCGCAGGCGCACCAGCGGCGCGGCUCCGUCGAGAGCCAGCAGCAGCCGGUGCUUGCCGUCAAGAUCGAGCUCGAGCAGCUCGUCGUCUCCAUCCUCGACGACCCCAGCGUCAGCCGCGUGAUGCGCGAGGCUGGCUUCUCCAGCACCCAGGUCAAGGCCAACGUGGAGCAGGCCGUGUGCAGCACCACAACCACCGCGGCCACGGCCGCUCCAGGCAAAAACCCUAACCCUAGCACCUCUGCCACCACAAGCCCACCUCAGGAAGCCAAAGCCAACAAGCUGCCGCUCCCGCUCCACCAAGCGCGCGACGAGGACGUCGCCGCCAUCCUGGACUGCUUGGCUUCCCGGAGCAAGAGGAAGGUCGUCGUCAUCGCGGAGAGCGUGGGCGCGGCCGAGGCCACGGCGCAUGCGGCCAUGGACAAGAUCAAGAGAGCCGAGGCGAAGCACGACGCGCUGCGAGGCGCGCAGGUCGUCAGCCUCCGCAUGUCGUCGUUCCGCGACAUGCCGAGGGAGGAGACCGAGCGGCGGCUCGGCGAGCUGCGGUGCCUCGUCAGGGGCAGGAGGCAACAGCAGGUCGUGCUAGUCGUGGAGGACCUCAAGUGGGCGGCCGAGUUCUGGGCGGGCCACAUCCAGAGCGGGAGGAGAGGGUACUACUGCUCCGUCGAGCACGUCGUCACCGAGCUGCGCGCCCUGGUGACGAGCGGCGGCCAGCACGGCGGCAGCCUCUGCUGGCUCCUCGGGUUCGGGACGUACCAGGCCUACAUGAGGUGUCGGGUCGGGCAGCCGUCGCUGGAGAGCCUGUGGGGGCUCCAGACGCUCACCGUGCCCGCCGGCAGCCUCGCGUUGGGCCUCACCUGCGCCUUCGACGACAGUGCUCUAGGCACAGUCAAUCAGUCCAUGAAAGCGGGCUCUGACACGGAUGGGAACGGACCGGCGUCUUGCUGGCCGCUUUUGGGCGGCACCCAGCUGAUCUCCAGAUGCUGCGCCGAUUGCUCUGCCGCAAGGAUCGACACGAAAGCGGCGUUGCCUCGGCCCUUCGUCUCGUCGUCCACCCUCCCCUCCUGGCUCCAGCAUUGCCGUGAUCAUCAGGAGCCUACGACCCAUCUUACGGACCUUGGCAAGACAUGGAGCUCCAUCUGCAGCAGGCCGUCACAGCGGAUGACGCUGCAUUUCUCUGCGCCGGUGUCUCCGGCGUCCUCCAUCUCUUCCUACGAGCACGGCGGCGAUCAUCAUCAGUCGCAGCAGCAGCAGCAGCCGCGGCACUCGUCGUGGCUCCUCGCUGGUCUCGACGCCGCGGCGCACCACCCGUGGGGACCCAAGCGCGAGCCCAGCGGGAAGUCCACCAGCAGGUCCCACGACUCCGGCGGUUCCAACGGCUCCGUGGAGGUGGAGUGUCGCGCCAAGGCCAAGUUCAAGGAGCUCAACGCCGAGAACCUCAAGGUGCUCUGCGGCGCGCUGGAGAAGGAAGUGCCGUGGCAGAAGGAGAUCGUCCCGGAGAUCGCCAGUGCCGUCCUGCAGUGCCGGUCCGGGAUCGCCAAGCGGCGCGACAAGUCGAGGUCGGCGGACGCCAAGGAGGAGACGUGGAUGUUCUUCCUCGGAGGCGACGCCGACGGCAAGGAGAGGGUGGCGAGGGAGCUCGCCAGUCUCGUCUUCGGGUCACGCAACAGCUUCGUAUCCAUCAGGCCUGGUGGCGGUGCCUCGUCGCCGCCGCCUGCCGCCUCGUCGGGCUCCUCCGAGGGGCACCACCGGAGUAAGCGGCCACGGAUGGCCUACCUAGAACGGUUGCACGAGGCUGUCUCCGCGAACCCGCACCGGGUCAUAUUCAUGGAGGACGUUGAGCAGGCUGACCGGGACUGCCAGCUCGGCAUCAAGGAGGCGAUCGAGAGCGGGGUGGUGCGGAACCAUGCUGGCGAGGCGGUCGGCGUGGGCGAUGCCAUCGUCAUCCUCAGCUGCUUGAGCUUUGACGCCGCCAGCGGGUCUAGAGCAUGCUCGCCACCGAGCAAGAAGGUGAAGGUAGAGAUGGAGGAGGCCAAGGAGGAGCGCACUGAUGACCAUGAACGCAACGAAGAUGGUGCUUCCUCGUCGUCUCCAUCUUGCAUCGAUUUGAACGUGGACAUGGAGAACGAUCAGGCGGACGAGCGAAGUUUCGGUGAUGUCUGUCUGCUCACGGCCGUCGACAGGACCCUAUUCUUCAGAAGACCACAAGAGAAUUAA